UCAAAACUCAAUCUACUCUUUCCUGCUCUCUCUCUCUCUAUCUCUCAAUUUCUCUUUCCCUCUCUCUGUGUGUGAGAUUUUGUUUGCUAUGGAGAACUGGGACUUGCAAGCUGUGGUGAGAGGGUGCAGUAACAACGACCUUGAAGGGUUUGCUUAUAAUACCAUGGAGUUCUCGCAGUCAUCUUGUUUUGGCUUCGCUCCUGUAACUAUUGAAGAAGAUGAUGAGAUUUUCCGGGCCUUUCCUCAACUGUUUGAUGCCACAACAGCUUUGGAUGAAUUGGAGGAGCUUUACAAGCCCUUCUACCCAAUUGUGCAGCCUAUUUCCCCAAUACCAAUUAUUCCUACCCCUCCGACAUUGCUGGUUCAGCAGGAUGUCACUGGACAAGAAAAAGAAGAGCCAAAGCUGAAAAGCGUGAAAGAAUCCUCACCCAUGUGCCGAAGAAGCAGGAAGACUCAGAACAAAAGGGUGGUGAAAGAGGUUAAGGAGCAGGAUUUGUUCUCGGACGUGUGGGCGUGGCGAAAAUAUGGGCAAAAACCGAUCAAGGGAUCACCAUAUCCGAGGAGCUAUUACAGGUGCAGUAGCUCAAAAGGAUGUUCAGCAAGAAAGCAAGUUGAAAGGAGCAAUUCCAAUCCGGAAUUGUUCAUUAUAACCUUCACUGCAGAACAUAACCAUGAUCGUCCUACUAGGCGGAACUCUCUUGCAGGCAGCACUAGAACCAAAUUCCCCAAAUCUCAGAACAAAGAAAAGAACAAACAUGAAUUAGUUCCUGUAAAAGAAGAAGCACAGAGACUGCCAGAAGAGUAUGAAGUUAGUCAAGAAAGCGCCAGAGAUGUGAUGUUUGUAGAUCAAGUUGUUUCAAGAAAGCACACGUGUGAAGGUUUGGAUAAAGAGUUGGAGGAAUUGAGCCAACUGAUGCCGGAACCAAUCAUGGCGGAUGGUUUCUUCUCUGAUCAGUUUUCCGACAGUUACUUUGAGAGUUUUUGGUUAUUUGGUCACUGUUCAAGUACUGUGACUGGAGCUUGCUGACCAGGAUGUAUACAUAAUUACAAAUACAGCUAUGGCUUAAUAUCGAGAAAAUAGAAUUCAAACUUCAUUUUUUUAAGUGAUAUAAAGAUGAGAUGUAAUUAGUAUAGUGACUCUCCAUUAUUAUCUAUAAUUUGGAUUAGGAUGCAUGACAUCACCUCUCUCAGUUUCAAUAUAUAUAAUUGGUGUACUUGAUAAUGUA